AGUUUCGCUUAGUUGAUUGCUUGAUCAUCUAGGGUUUAAUAGUUUAUAUCCAUGCGACUCAGUUCUCGUUCAUAGCUCUUCUUGAAUCGAUUAAAUCAGAGCGUAAAUGUUUAGAGAAGUUAUUGAAGUAUGUUUUCUAAUAUUGUUUAAUAAAAAAAAAGUUAACACUGCUUUCGUUCCUUUUUAAUCUUUCAUCAAUGUCACAGCUCACAAGAAAGGUUGUGCGAAGUACAUGUCCGUCAAUCUUGAUCUUGGAUAUCAUGUUUAGCUCAGUUUCUUAAGAUCGUUUCAUUUCAUUUAAUGUUUUUUUUAUCUUGGUAAUUGGGUCAUAACUCGCACAAAUAAAUUGAUUUUAAUAAGUUUGUUAGAUCAUCUAGGGUUUGAUUGAGUUUGGUAUUUUGGUUUCAGGUAAGGUUUUGAUUACAAGAAGCAUGGCCAUAGGUGCGGAGAGAUGUUGUGGUUGUAACCUUGUCAAGAAUGAAUGACGAAGACAAGAAACCAGAAUCAUGAUGAUGGUGAAGCAUCAUCAUCUAGCAGGAAGAAGAGGUUGAAGACUUAUGACAAUGGUGGUGUGGGACCUUGGUCACACCUCAGCAAUGAUGUGCUUUUUUUAGUUAUGAUGCAACUGGGAAUCUUUGAUUUUCUUUCAUUCAGUAGAGUUUGCAAGUCAUGGAGGUCAUUUGCACUUUGUAACAGGAAGAGUUUUAUGGCAUCCAAACCACCCAUGUCUAUGCUUCUCUCCUCCCAUGGCUUCUGUUGCCUGGAGGACUUUGAAGGAAGAAAGCUGAAAACCAUCAUUCCCCAUUGUGUUGGCAGGAAGUGUGUUGGAUUAACCUGUGGUUAUUUGAUCUUGUUUGGGAGGAAAACCAAAGACUUUUGGCUUGUGAAUCCUAUCACAAGGCAUGAACUUAAUUUCCCUGCUUUCUGUUUACCAAAUCUAUAUAUAGUCAAGGCUACCCUUGUCUUUUCAUCUUCAUUAAACGAUUGGGUGUUUGUGGUGUCACAUAAGAAUUCCUUUAACUUGUGGUUUUCUGUAUCUGGUAAAGGAGCAUGGAAUCAUAUCCCCUCGUCUUACCCCAUCCUUGAUUUACAUACUUUCAAGGGGAAGGUAUAUACCAUAAACAAAAACAACAAAUAUCGUGUGUGUGAAAUGACACUCAAUCCAGAGCCCAAAUUGACAUUUCUUGAAAUGAAGAAUAUCUCAAAGCUAUAUGUCUCUCAUCUGGUGUUUAUAAGUUCGGGUGAAAACCUGUAUGUGAUGGAUCAAAGUUCACAAGAUUCAUGUAAUGUUGAGGAACUAGAUUUUGGCAAAAUGGAAUGGGUGUUGCCAGAAAAAAAGACAAUUGAAGAAUAUGCUUUCUUUCUUAGCACUUGGAAUGGUGGUGCUGCAAUUAAACCAGAGUCAUGGGCUUCGGCUGCUCAACCCCCGUCAAAAUAUAAGAGAUAUUCAUAUGAUUAUGAAUGCAUGCGUUACAUUACUGAUGAAAGUCAGAAAGGCGGGUUUUUUGGUGCAAACAUGUGGUACUUCCCCCAUGAGUGUGUGAAUGUUGAUCACAUUAAUUAGUGCUAGACAUUUUAAUAAUUAGCUCGUUUUUAUCUUUUGCAUAUGUUGAAUAUUUUCAAGACAUGCAUUUUGCAGUUUAUUGUUGGACAGUUUGGUUCUUGCUCACCCUUUUGUUUCAUGUGGGCACAACUAUCAUUUAUAUCUCCAUUUGAUGUGUGUGAAA